AGGGGGCUGUAUCUCUUGGCAUCUCUCCCCACCCCUAUCUCUUUACAGGACUGCCAGCUCGUCAAGUGGUAUUUCAGGAAUGCGUUGAACAUGGCUGCCGCGAUGAAGGCACAGAAAAGUGGACUGUUAGAACUUCGUAUCACCGUGGACCGUUGGAUCCGCGUUCUAGCUACUUUAAGCGAAGAAACACUGACAUUGGUUCCCUCGGAAGUUGGAGGAGAUGAAGCCGCGAAAUCCGCCCCAGUGCCUGCCGGGGCAGUCAACGGUGACCCGGCCAACCUUGCUUCGUCUUCGGUCCCGGAGACCAUCACCAACGUAAAGCGCACGGUGCGCGUGACCAAGCAAGAUGUGGGAGGUCUGGGAAUCAGUAUUAAAGGGGGGAGAGAGAACAAAAUGCCCAUCCUCAUAUCAAAAAUCUUCAAAGGCCUGGCUGCAGACCAGACUGAGGCCCUCUACGUUGGGGACGCCAUCUUGUCUGUCAAUGGCAAUGACCUGAGAGAGGCCACGCAUGACGAGGCAGUGCAGGCCCUCAAGAAAACGGGCAAGGAGGUCAUCCUAGAGGUGAAGUACAUAAAGGAGAUGUCGGCGUUCUUUAAGAAUGCCUCAGCGAGCGGGGCGGAGGGGUGGGAGUCGCCCCCCAUGACUCCACAGAGGCAAAUGGCCGGAGUGGACCUGAAGGAGACCAGGAGCAUUGCCCUCAGGAUGUGCCAGCUCAGCAGGAGGCAGUGCCCUCCAGACACAGAGAACAGGUACGUGGAGGUGACCGCAGCCGACAGGAAGACGUCCGUGUUUUUGCGGGCGAAGGACCCAGCUAUGGCCCAGUCCUGGUACACGGCCAUCCAGACGGGCAUGCUGGUUCUGGUGCCGCGCGUGAAGGAGGGGCUGAGGGCCCUGCAGCCGGGCCUGGAUCCCAAACAUCUGGGCUGGAUCACCAUGCAGGGGUCAGACAAUUCUCUGCUGGCCAUUCUAACAGACAAGGACCUACUUCUGUACCACUCUCUACCAGAGAGCCGAGAGAGCCUAGACAAACCAGACAAGAGUCAUCCUCUCAUCACCACCAGGCUGGUUCACUCAGGCCCUAGUAAGACUUCUCCUUUCCAUGAGUCAGACCUGUCGUUCGGGCUGCGCACUGGGACUAAGAAGGGCGUGGAGACCCACGUGUUCAGGGUGGACUCACCCAAGGAGCUCUCCACCUGGACCCAUCUGCUGGUGGACGGCUGCCAUAGCGCUGCCGAACUUAUUCAGGAGGUUACCACAGCGUGCAGCUGGAACGGGAAGCAGUGCAUGCUGGGAGUGCACAUAGACGAGGGCUUCACGUUGUACACGGAAGAGGCCGGGGUGAGGAGGCACGUUCUGCUGCACCAGCCCUUCGAGAACCUGCGCAUGUCCGCGGACGACGGCGUCCGCAUGAUGUUCCUCGACUUCGGGGGCCCCGAGGGGGAGAUGCAACUGGACCUCAAUUCUUGCCCUAAGACUAUGGUCUUCAUCAUCCACUCCUUCCUCUCUGCAAAGGUCAAGCGGCUGGGCCUGUUGGCAUGACAGCGGCUCGGGGAGCCGAACACUUCAGGUAGAUGUCAUGGAUACGGGACAUCAUGGACAGCCAAUCCAACAAAAGGGCGGACCACAUUGCUUCAGAAAACCAAAUUUCCAACCAUCGGUGGACUGCCAUUGGUCAGAGUCCUGCCACAGUCGGGCAGCGAUGAAAACAAGCCCAUAAGUCUUGCAAUGAGAAUGUGCUAGAUUACUCUCACUCUGAGCAAUGACAGCGAGAGACCGCGGGGGCCUGGGCUACAGGCACAACCCCCCACCAUUAUAGCUUUGUUACUGUAGGAGGGGCUGUUUUAGACCCUAUCACUUCUGGCCUAUGGUCUUACCCUUUUUAUGUUUGGGUUUGUGUGGUUGAUGACAGGGCUUAGUCUGAUUUAGAGGGCUAGUUCAUUUUUAAUGUCAGCAAGUACAUGGGGGGGGGGGCAAAAUGUAUCACUCUCAAGGAACCAACAUGGCGUGGGGAUGUGAAACCCCUGUGCUCCCGAGUCUCUCUGAGAAAUAAUGACCUCUAGCAGCGUCUCAUUCACACACUAAAUUUAUUAAAUGCUCUGUCAACUCCGUUUUAUCCUCGGAUCACUCGUGUUGUCGUUGGUCGUGUUGCGCAUUCACUUUAACAACACUAAGUCUUCAUAAACAGGAGAUGAAGUUGGCAUUUUCAUAAAUCAGACUUUAGUUGUUUAGUGUGGGGGGGGGGGG